AUGUCUUGUGGAUGUGGGUUCGCAGUGCUCCUCAGGAGCGAUGGCACAGCCGUGGGCUGCGGCUGCCCUGACAAUGGUGUGCUGGACAUCCCAGCGCUGCCGGACGGCCUCACCUACGCGGAGGUUGCCGCUGGGGCGCGCGAAUUGGCCAGCCCGGCCUGCGAAAUCCCAGCGUUGGUUGGAGUCCUGACCUACACUCAGGUCUCCGCUGGGACUUACCACGCGGUCCUGCUCAAGAACAAUGGUACUGCUGUGGCCUGUGGCGACAACGAGUUCGAACAAUGCGACAUCCCGAUGUUGGAUGGAAGCCUGACCUACACGCAAAUUGUGGCUGGAGGGCACCACGCAGCAGUCAUGCUCAUGAACGGUGGUACCGCUGUGGCUUGUAGCUCGAACGACAGCAGACAAUGCGACAUCCAGGCUUUGGACGGAGCCCUGGCCUACACAUCAGCGCUGGCUGGACUGGACCAGACAGUCCUGUCAAAGAGCAAUGGUGGCGCUCAUGUUUUUGGAUACAAUGCAGAGGGUCAGUGUGACAUUCCACUGUUGGGCGGUGGCCUGACAUCCACGGCGUCGCUGACAAAGCUGCUCAUCCUGCAAGCCUCGCACGUCUCCAGCGCGUCGGACUUCAGCCUCUGCGCGCGCUUCCAGAUCGCCGAAGCCUUCCACGCGUCGCCCCGGCGCCUCGACGCGCGGCGCAGGCGGUCACUUGUCGGCCAGGCUUGCGCUCGAGCCCUCGCGUCGGGCUGA